AUCAUUUCUCGCUUCUCCUCGUGUGCUGUCUCUCCUUCCUCCAGCUCAUCCUAUCCCCCCCCCCCCCUUCUCACACACUCAAGCUUGCUGUCUUGCGUAAAUGCGUGCGAGCACACACUCAGGUUGAUUGGCACCCAAGGACAGAGCACCCUCUCUUCCAAGCCACCAACCGGGGCGGUUUGAUCGCAUGGCCAGACUUCUUGACACUGAGCUCAGCUGAGGAAGAGGACAAGGAAGAAACCAUGGAGCCCAACCACAUCUUCCCAAUUCUUUCUCCAAAUGGGAGCACCUGGAGCACGGGGCAAAAUCCCUCGGAGGUCUCUCAGGGAUGCCCUCUCGGACCUCUACCUGUCAUCUACUACAGUGUCCUGCUCUGUCUCGGCCUCCCAGCUAACAUCCUGACUGUGGUCAUCCUGUCCCAGCUGGUGCUGCGUCGUCAGAAGUCUUCCUACAACUAUCUCCUGGCCCUGGCAGCUGCUGACGUUCUAGUUCUGCUCCUCAUUGUUUUUGUUGACUUCAUAUUGGAGGAUUUCAUUCUGGCUACACCGCUGCCACCGUCAUUAAACCACGCAGUGCAGGUUCUGGAGUUCUCCUCCAUCCACACCUCCAUCUGGAUCACAGUGCCUCUCACUAUUGACCGCUACAUUGCUGUUUGCCACCCACUCCGCUACCACACGGUUUCCUACCCAGCCCGAACACGCAGAGUGAUAUUUGCUGUGUACAUUGGGUGCUUGCUCUCUGCAGCUCCGUAUUACUGGUGGCCUGAGCUGUGGCACAGUCUGCCUGGGGUUGGCAGCGGCGAUGAGGGAGGAGGAGGAGAGACCGGACGAACAGCAGCACAGCAUGUCCUGGUGUGGGCGCACUGUGCCACUGUCUACCUCCUCCCCUGUACCGUCUUCUUCUCCCUCAAUGCUGUCAUCGUGCGGAAACUGCGCAGACGCCGAAGCUGCUUCAGACUGCGUGGAUAUUCUACUGGCAAGACCACCGCCAUUCUUCUCGCCAUCACCUCCAUUUUUGCUGUUUUAUGGGCGCCACGUACCCUCAUGAUCCUCUACCACUUCUACUCACCUCCACCAGCCUCACAAAGUGCCAGCCGUCUGCUUCACAUCCUCACCGAUAUGGCAAAUAUGCUGGCGCUGCUCAACACCGGGGUCAACUUCUUCCUCUACUGCUUCAUAAGCAAGCGUUUCCGGGGCAUGGCGGCCGAUGUGCUGCGCACCCUGGUCCACUGCAGGAAGCAGCCCCCGCCAUUUUAUGCCAGCCAUAACUUCUCCAUCACAAGCAGUCCCUGGAUCUCACCGGCCAACUCCCAUUGUAUCAAGAUGUUGGUUUACCAGUAUGACAAAAAUGGAAAGCCUAUCUGUAUCUCCUCUUGAGUCCACAGUCAACUGCAGCCGCCCUAACCUUUCAUCGUUGGGGAGCAUGUUCAGACUUUGUCUCCAUGGCGACUAGCUCUGCCAGCAUGGGACUCUAAGGCUUUAAAAACAAAGGUCAAGGUGCCCAGAAAGCACAAGUGACAGUUUAGCCGGCGAUAAUGAAGUGGCUGGCUAACAAGUUGGAACAGUAAACAGCAGAUAUGUGGCGGAAAAUGGCAAGACAUCUCUCGCUCAAUCAACUAUUCCCAAAGCUGUCAAGACUAUCAAAGAAGAUUAUUUCCUUUGUAGAUGAACAAAAGAACACACACACAGAGACAUCUGUUAUAUGCAACAACAUACAGAUGAGGGAAUACUACCACCAUGAGUAUCAUGAUCAUGAGCCAACAUCUCAAAUUCAUAAACUCACAAAACAACUAAAUAAAUCCUUGGUGAAGCACCAGACAUGGGUCCUUGUUGCAUACUGCUGCCAACAACGAAGAGCUUUGACCAGCUGCAUUUUUGACUGUUGACUUUUUCAGAGGCCAAACUUGGUCUUGGCCACUGCAUAUUUCACCUCAAGGGGGGAUUCACUCAGGCAGAGACACUGACAGUGUGUCCACUGCCGAU